AUGGGCUCGAUAAAUAAUCCCAGUAACCCUCUGGGACCGGUCAUCCCUCUCUUGUUAGAUGGCAAGGAAAUCACUACCGAGGUGACGUACGAUGUAGUCUCGCCACUCACCGGCCAACCCGUCUACAAAUGCUCCUCUGCCUCCGUCGAAGAUGCCAAAAGAGCAGUCGAAUCCGCACAAGCCGCUUUCGAGUCAUGGUCACAAACAAAGCCCAACGAUCGAAGAGACAUUAUCCUCCGGGUUGCAGACCUCUUACUACGGGAUAAGGAGAUAUUGCGCACAGUUGUCCACAAUGAGACCGGAGAAGUCGAUUCCAUGUUCGACUUUGAGCACAAUCUAGCGGUGCAAGCAUGUAAGGCCGUUGCAGGAUUGAUUUCUACUAUCCGUGGAACUGUCCCGACAGUCGGCGAUGAAGGCAGGUCCGCCAUGGUCCUUCGCGAACCCUUCGGUGUUGUCCUCUCGAUCGCUCCAUGGAAUGCGCCUUAUAUCCUCGGUGUUAGGUCAUGUCUUGGUCCUCUGGCGAUGGGCAACACGGUUAUAUUCAAGGGUUCUGAAUUCAGCCCCGGUGUUUACUACAAGAUUGCUUCCAUUUUCCACGAAGCCGGGCUUCCGAAGGGAUGUCUCAAUACCAUCAUUCAUUGCCCGCAAGACGCCGCCGAAGUCACAUCAGCACUCAUCGCGUCGCCUAGUGUCCGCAAGAUCAACUUUACUGGUAGCGCACUCGUCGGUGGAAUUAUCGCUAGUCAAGCAGCGAAACUCCUCAAGCCAACUCUCAUGGAACUUGGCGGCAAGGCCCCUACCAUCGUAUGCGAGGACGCCAAUCUCCAAGACGCUGCUCUAGGUGCAACUCUUGGAUCUUUCCUGAAUUCCGGUCAGGUCUGCAUGUGCACAGAACGUGUGAUUGUCCACUCAGCUGUUGCAGAUCAAUUCAAAGAAAUCUUCAAGCAAACAAUCGAUCAAAUCUUUGGUACCCCUGAUGGAUUGACAUUGGUAAACGGACUGCCCGUUACCAAGAACAAGAAACUCCUCGCCGAUGCCAUUUCAAAGGGCGCAAAGGUCGUACACGGUGAUCCCAACCAUAACGCCAAACUCAACACCGCCAUGCGCCCUGUAGUGCUAGAAGGCGUAAAGGAAGGAAUGGACAUUUACCACACCGAGUCAUUCGGACCUACAGUAUCUCUCUUUACAGUUGAAAAUGACGAAGAAGCCAUCAAACUUGCCAAUGACACCGAGUACGGUUUGGCUGCUUCUGUAUACACAGAAGAUCUCAGACGCGCAUUCCGAAUUGCGAAGCAGAUCCAGUCGGGAGCUGUGCAUAUUAAUGCCAUGAGUAUACAUGAUGAGAGCGGUUUGCCGCAUGGUGGGUUUAAGAGUAGUGGAUAUGGUCGGUUUAAUGGCGUUGAAGGCCUGGAGGAGUGGGUUCAGACCAAAACUAUUACGUGGAAGGACUGA